AUGCCUAGCCAGCUGCAGCGGAACCUGCAGGAGUUGCAGGGCCUCCAGCGGGAGCUCAGCUGGAGUGGCCGGCCCACCCCGCCAGUGAAGGCUUUGAGCUCCCACGGCGAGGAGUGGCUGAGGCGCAGCGGCUGGAGGAAGCGCUUGCCGAAAGCGCCGCCUGCCAGGGCGCUGGGGCAGCUGCUGGGCCUUCAGAAGACAGAGGCGAAAGCCGGAGCCGCCGAGCAGGCGCAGCUGUCAGCGAUGCAAGCGCUGGCGCAGGCAUCUGCUUUGGUGGAGGUUUGA